GUCCACAGGAUUCUGGAUGUUUUCCAUGCACUUACCAUCGAAAAUGGAAGUCUGGCAGGAUGACAGCAUAAAUAGUCCACUACAGAGCUUGAGGAUGUACCAGGAGAAGGUGCGACAUCACUCUGGGGAAAUCCAGGACCUCCGAGGCAGCAUGAACCUGCUCAUUGCCAAACUCCAGGAGAUGGAAGCCAUGUCAGAUGAGCAAAAGAUGGCCCAGAAAAUAAUGAAAAUGAUUCAAGGUGAUUACAUCGAAAAGGCAGACUUUGCCCUGAAGUCCAUAGGGGCCAGCAUUGACUUUGAGCAUACAUCAGCCACAUACAACCAUGACAAGGCUCGCUCCUACUGGAACUGGAUCCGGCUGUGGAACUAUGCACAGCCCCCGGAUGUGAUCCUUGAGCCCAACAUGACACCUGGCAACUGCUGGGCCUUCGCGGGUGACCGAGGCCAGGUGACCAUUCGAUUGGCACAGAAGGUCUACCUGUCCAACCUCACGCUGCAGCACAUCCCCAAGACCAUCUCGCUGUCAGGCAGCCAGGACACCGCCCCCAAGGACUUUGUCAUCUACGGCAUAGAGACUCCUCCCACGGAGGAGGUGUUCCUGGGAGCAUUCCAGUUUCAGCCAGAAAACAUCAUUCAGAUGUUCCCACUCCAGAACCAGCCCCCCCGGGGUUUUGGUGCAGUCAAGGUGAAGAUCUCAAGCAACUGGGGGAACCCGCGCUUCACCUGCCUGUACCGUGUGCGUGUGCAUGGCUCCGUGGCCCCACCCAAAGAGCCACCUGCCUAGAACCCCUGCCUGAGAGAGAGUAAAGUUUAUUCUU